UCACUUGCCUAUAUCAGCAUCCACUGCAAUUCUUCUUGUAUAUAUCAUACAACACAAUUAGCCUCACUACACACCUUCAACAAUGGAGAACCGACGCCAAAAGUCGAGCUCCCGGGAGCUCUUCUCCUUCCCCAGCACCCCAAAUAAUCAGGAGCAAGAUUCUGACUUUGAAUUUGGUUGUUUUACUCCUGACUCUCCCUCGCAAGACCCUUCAAGAAACUCUCCUGCUGAUCAUCUUUUCUUCAAUGGCCGCCUCUUGCCUCACUCUUUCCCCUGUGAUCUGCAACGGCCUUCUUCUGAUAACAUCAAUGUCAGUAUAUCCCGUGCCGCGAGUCGAACGAGCAGUGUUAGUAGCAAAGAUUCGCUCAUGUCUUCCAGAAGUAAUAGCACUAACAGCAGGAGCAGUAGCUGCAGCAGCGCGAGAACAAGCUCGAGCGACAAUUCGGAGAGAAGAUUGUUGUACUACAGCAACAAACGCAACACAUGUAAAGCGACGAAAGCGAGUAGAAUCGUCACUGCUCAGCUGUACGGUUCUUCCCAGAGGUGGCAACAUCUCACGCCCGUCCCUGCUGCAGUACUAAUGAAACGUGAGACUUCGCAGAGGAAGAACGCUGACGGCGUUGCGUUGAAAGAUGGGUUGAGAUCAUGGUCUUCAUCAUCGUUAAAGAGAUCAGCCUCGCAAGGUAAAGAAAACAGGAGGAGUAGCGGUGACAGCGCAGCAGCUCAGGGGCUCUGCAAGAGAUUUUUCAUGGCGUUUUUGUUUGCUUGCAGAGAGUGUCACGCCAUGGAACCAUCCACAAAAGAUGGCAUUUAUUUUUGAGCAAAUGUAUAUUUUUCAAUCGAAAAUACGUCUGCAUCUUCCCUGGUUUUUGUAGCAACUAAUGUAGAAUUACAAUUUUUUUUUUUCAUGAAAAUCGAAAAGUGAAGUGGGUUGAGAAUGAUUUGUGUUGUAAUAUUAUUGUAAGAACUUGUGCAUGAGCUUGUACUUUGGCUGCAAAAGAAUGAUGGAUUCUCAGUUUUUCUUCUA